AUGUUUCUUUAUAAGCCCGGUAUAACGCCAUCCACCGGCAAAUAUUCCAUCAAAUCACACGAAAGUGUCUGUGCAUUAACGUACCAUGGACCGUCGCUGCAAUUAGACAAUCAGCAGGUUUUGUCCAUUUCCCUUCCGGAUAGACUGAACGUCAAGCUCUUGUCGCGGAAUAAAGCCUUUCGGAACAUAAGUUUAACGGUCCAUGGUUUGUACCACGCCAAUGUCGGGCGGUUUUAUGGGGUAAAAGUUGAAGAGAAAGGCCCGUGUGAAUUAUUAAUGGAGUUCAGUCAUCGUGGCACCUUACAUGACGUCCUCAGUCAGAAGAACAAUUUCACCGAUGUGGCCGUCCGGCUGUCGUUUCUCUAUGACCUCGUCAAAGGACUGAUGUAUAUACACAGUUCGGCGCUCGGAUACCAUGGAACGCUAACCGCUACAACCUGCUUCAUCGAUAGCCGGUUCACGUUGAAAAUAUCGCACGCCGGCUUCGACCGAAUAUCCCAAGCGGUGAACACCGAGCCGAAAAUGAUGCGCGUUAAACAAAGCAAAAAACCAUUUGAUACUUUGUCGUCACUCACCGAGGAUGGAACGGUAAAGAAGACCCCACUGGAGAUCGAUAUUGAGGAUUGUAUGCGGAGCGACUACAAUCUACGACCGCCAAUAUUUGGGAUUAAGCGAUCAUUUCAAAAGCUUCCUAAUCUGCCGCAAAACGUGGUUUCGCACAUGCUCAAACUGCUUGACCAGCAGACGCAACAGUUGGAACAUCUGGUACAGGCCAAAACCGCCACAUUGGUUGAGGAAACUACCAAAACCGAUAUGCUCCUUGCCGAAAUGCUUCCAAGAUCCAUCAUAAAACAGCUACGCAAUAAGGAACCACUCAACGCGGAAUCCUUCGAUAGUGUAUCCAUUCUAUUUAGCGACUUACCCGUUUUUGCCAAGCUAGUAAUGAAGUGCUCGCCACUAGAAGUAAUUGACCUUUUAAAUCGCACACAUUCGGCGUUCGACGAGGUCGUACCGUACUACGAUGCUUAUAAAGUGGAAACCAUCAACGAUAGUUACAUGAUAUCUAGCGGUAUACCAAUGCGCAACCAUAAUCAUGCGGAUGUGUUAUGCUUACUGGGACGGGCGAUUCUGGAACGCUGUAAAAUUUCAGCCGACACGACGGACGACAAAAUGGAAUUAAGCAUCAGAAUCGGGAUAAAUUCGGGUCCAGUAGUUGCGGGGUCAUCGGGACAAAAGCACCACGCUAUUGUCUGUAUGUAUAUGUUGGUAACGCGUUCUACUGUGACGCAUGACCCAUUAGCAUAA